UUUGCUUAGCCUGUCGCUGCAUCUCCUGUUUUGGCUUUGCAGUAAAACUAAAAAUCUAUGGAAUAGGCCCUAACAUAAUUUAGAUUAAACACAUACAUUUACGAAAAAUUUGCAGUAAAUUCCAUCAAAUUUAUAGUAAAAUCCAGAAGCAAGCAUAAGAAUGGAUCAGCUGUCGAUCAACCAGAAGGUGUUCAUCCGGCGCUCCGAUGGCCGCGUCCACUUGGGGAGCAUUAUCAAGCUGGACGGCGGCACCAAUAACAUUGUGACGGUGGAGUGGCCCGAGGGGCAUACGGUGCGCGGCAAAGAGCUGCCCCUGGAGCUGGUGAUCCUGAUGAAUCCGCAGAUUUACGAUACGCCACGUUACGAAAGGCUGCAGGCCAAUCAAACUGCGUCUAUACCACCCCGUGCCCUGGUAGGUGCCAGGAACCAGGCAGGUGUUAUGCCGCGCCAGGGAGCGGAGCAGUUGAUGACGCCGAAUCGACAGGACGAGGUGGUCCUGCAGAUUAACAAGUUGCAGCAACAGCGAGAGCGAAGACGCGAACUCUACAACCGGGAGCGACUGCUGAGGGAGCAGCAGAUGAACGAGGAUCCGGGUAACCCGAACUGGGAGAUAGCCAGGAUGAUACGCCUGCAUCGUCAGGAGAUGAGCAAUGCCCAAAAAAAGACCAAGACGGCGGCUAAGGAGCCCCCGAAGGAGCACCAAAUUAUCGUUUGUGUGAGAAAGAGACCCCUCAACCAGAAGGAGUUGGCGGACAAGAAGGAGCUGGACGUGGUCAGCAUACAUUCGCGGGACCACUUGGUGGUGCACGAGCCGCGAAAGCACGUCAAUCUGGUGAAAUUCCUAGAGAACCAUAGUUUCCGCUUCGACUACGCCUUCAACGAGAAUUGCUCCAAUGCCUUCGUCUACGAGUUCACCGCCCGUCCCCUGAUCCGUCACAUUUUCGAUGGCGGAAUGGCCACCUGUUUCGCCUACGGACAGACGGGAAGCGGAAAGACCCACACGAUGGGCGGAAAGUUCACCGGGAGAAAUCAGCAGAACUCUCUGGAUGGCAUCUACGCCAUGGCCACCAGGGAUGUAUUCAGCCUGGUGGAGUCGCCUGCCUAUGUCAGCCUGAAUCUUCGCGUGUUCUGCAGCUUCUUCGAGAUCUACGGCUCGCGGGUGUACGAUCUCCUGGUGACGGGAAAACCCCAGCUGAAGGUACUGGAGGACGGCCAUCAGCAGGUCCAAGUGGUGGGUCUGACCGAGAAUGCCGUAAAGAACGUCGAGGAUGUUCUGAACCUGCUCGACCUCGGCAACAGUGUCCGCACUUCGGGUCAGACCUCGGCCAAUUCCAAGUCUUCGCGCUCCCAUGCCGUCUUCCAGAUUGUCCUGCGGAAAUCCUCUUCAAUCACUGAGCGCCCGCAUGGCAAGUUCUCCCUGAUCGAUCUGGCCGGGAACGAACGGGGAGCGGACAAUAAUUCCGUCGAUCGGCUGACGCGCCUCGAGGGAUCGGACAUCAACAAGUCGCUGCUGGUCCUCAAGGAGUGCAUCCGGGCCUUGGGUCGCCAGUCGGCCCACCUGCCCUUCAGAGGCUCCAAGCUCACCCAGGUCCUGCGCGACUCGUUUAUAGGCGGCAAAAAAGUCAAGACUUGCAUGAUAGCCAUGAUAUCGCCGGGCCUGCAUUCGGUAGAGCACACCCUAAACACCCUACGCUAUGCGGAUCGGGUGAAGGAACUGACUGUGGACUCGUUGAUUCCGAGGCGACUGAUGAACACGCCUCUAGCUAAUCCUGCUGAUGCCCCUCCUGCCUCCAACAGAAAUUCCCUGCCAGAUGUGCGCAGUCAGCGGGAGGACGAGCAAGCUUAUCCCGUUACCGUUGCCUCAUCCAAUUCGCUAUCUGGAGGGCAGGGAAGAGGACCAUACCCUACAGUCAACAGAAGCCAGAGGAGGUCAAGGCAUCCCAGAGCCGGAAGCCGCUCGCACUUAGCCAGAAAUCUAUCCGCGUUUCGAGGACGCAACUUACCCUGAUUUUCCAAGGCCAGAAAACUAUAAUAUUGAAAAUUAAAUGUCCACAUUUAUAGUA